ACGAAGCAGUUCCCACCUUAUCCCGGACAACCUUAUACCCGACCUCCCACAAUUCGCAGUCAAUACCUCGUACUCCAAUCGAAUCCGAGAAGAAAUGGGUGUUCGUUCACGGAGUGGAAGUGAUCGCCUGAGAACAGUAUGGACGCCUGAGAUGGACCGGUACUUCGUUGAUCUAAUGUUGGAGCAGGUCAACAAAGGGAACAAAUUCGACGACCAUUUGUUCAGCAAACGCGCGUGGAAGCACAUGACGUCAUUGUUUAAUUCCAAGUUCAAGUUUCAGUACGAGAAAGAUGUUCUCAAGAACCGGCACAAGACUCUGAGGAAUCUGUAUAAGGCUGUUAAGAAUCUGCUUGACCAGACUGGCUUUAGUUGGGACGACACCCGCCAAAUGGUCACCGCUGAUAAUGAUGUCUGGGAUGAAUAUAUCAAGGUACACCCAGAUGCUCGGUCAUUCAGAAUUAAAACCAUUCCUCAUUAUAAUGACUUGUGUUUGAUAUACAAAGAUGCACCUCCAGAGCCAAAAGAGGAAUCGUUGAUUUUGUGUGAGAAAGGAACAAGCGAAGUCACGCAGCCAAGUGAUGUUGUUGGCGAUGGGGAAACACUGCCUCUUCAUGACAUCAUGAUUGAUGAAGAUUAUGGAAUCUCCAUAUCCGAAAAAGAUGCCAAUGUUGAUUUCGCUUCGCAUGCUGCACUGCAAAAUGCGAGCGGAACCACAUUAGGAAAUCGUUCUAGAACUUAUUGGCAGCCACCCAUGGACCGGUACUUCAUCGACGUUAUGAUGGAUCAGGUGCAGAAAGGCAGCAGGAUUGACGGUGUGUUCCGAAAACAGGCAUGGAUGGAGAUGAUCGCGGCUUUCAAUGCCAAGUUUGGAUUCAGUUAUGACAUGGAUGUUCUUAAGAACAGAUACAAAACUUUGAGGAGGCAAUAUAACGUCAUCAAGAAUCUACUCGACUUGGAUGGUUUUGUUUGGGAUGAUACUCGCCAAAUGGUCACUGCUGAUGAUUAUGUCUGGCAAGAUUAUAUCAAGGCUCAUACCGAUGCAAGACAGUUCAUGACCCGACCUGUCCCUUACUACAAAGAAUUAUGUGUGAUAUGUGAUCCAAGUUCUGAUGAAAGAGAGUGUUCUUCUGGUCAAGAUUUAGAUCAGCAAAAUGAUGAAGACGACGCCAGGUCUCCAGCUACAUCUGUUUCUAAUGGGUCUAAGAAGAACAAGCGUCAAUUGGAGAACUUGUAUUGUCUUUCAAAUUCAAAAAGAUCACGAGACAAUGAUGAUGGAAUGGCUAGCGCUCUCCGUGAGAUGGCUAGCGCAGUUUCUUCUUUGUCAGACAAAAGGAAAAAUGAUGAGAACUCAAUCCCAAUAGAGAAUGUGAUGAAAGCAGUUCAGGCUUUGCCGGAUAUGGAUGAGGACCUUGUAUUGGAUGCAUGUGACUUAUUAGAGGAUGAAAAGAAAGCGAAAACUUUCAUGGCAUUAGAUGUUAAGUUAAGAAGAAAGUGGUUAUUGAGGAAACUAAGGCCAGAGACGUAGAGAGAUGAUUAGUUUUUAGAACUAAUUGUUCCCUUGUACAGAUGAAAAAUUUUAUCACCAAAAUCAGUUGAGUUGAUAUUAUGUAAUUGUAAGUUCUGUAGAAAUGGAAUUUCAGUUAUAUAUCCCAAA